ACGAGCUGGCGGGGGCGAAAGAUGGCGACGCCCGUCGGGUGGUCGCAGGGGGGUUCAGGAUCAGUGUGUCUCGCCUUCGAUCAACUGCGGGACGUGAUUGAGGCUCAGGAGGAACUGAUCCACCAGCUGAGGAACGUGAUGGUUCUCCAGGAUGAAAAUUUUGUCAGUAAAGAAGAGUUCCAGGCAGUGGAGAAAAAGCUGGUGGAAGAGAAAGCUGCCCAUGCCAAGACCAAGGUUCUCCUGACCAAGGAAGAGGAGAAGUUGCAGUUUGCCCUCGGAGAGGUAGAGGUGCUGUCUAAACAGCUGGAGAAAGAGAAGCUGGCCUUUGAAAAGGCGCUCUCCAGUGUCAAGAGCAGAGCCCUGCAGGAGUCCAGCAAGAAGGACCAGCUAAUCACCAAGUGCAAUGAAAUUGAGUCUCACGUUAUAAAGCAAGAAGAUAUACUUAAUGGCAAAGAGAAUGAGAUUAAGGAGUUGCAGCAAGUUAUCAGCCAGCAGAAAAAGAUCUUCAGGAAUCACAUGUCUGACUUUCGGAUCCAGAAGCAGCAGGAGAACUACAUGGCCCAGGUGCUGGACCAGAAGCAUAAGAAAGCCUCGGGGAUGCGUCAGACGUGGAGCUGCCAGUGUUCCAGGGAAAAAUAAAAUGGGCGUCUCCUUCCUGUUAUCUGGCUGUAAUGCCCAACCUCUGCCUUCUCUGCUGUGGUGGUCCCCAUCCUGACCCUUCCAAUCCCUGUGGGUACCUCCCUCAGGCCUCACAGUGGCCUGGACCCCAGGGAAGAGGUAGAGCAAAAGGCAAAAGACACUCCUUCCUUCUUCCCUGCCUGCCUUUUGGACCACCACCUGCCAGGCCACUGCUGUGUUCAGAAUGGAUGCUCCUCAAGUCUCCAGCCCCUGCUACUCCCCUCCCUCCCUCCUUUGGGUAGUAGUGGGGGCCCAUGGGGGUAUGGGGUUGUAGCCUAGGGAAGGACUACUUGGUUGUCUAAUAGGCAGUGUCCCUUCUUACUCUUGGUAUUAAAUUCCUUCCUAUAUAAACAACCCUGGUUACCCCAGUGCCCUGGUAAAUUUAACUCUCCCAA